AACCAGCCACUCUGAAGAGCAAUCAAAUCAUUCUUUUCAUUUUUCUUAUGUUUUUUCUUCAUCAAUGUAUCACAAUUGAACUCUGAACUAGAUUAAAAUUCAAAUCCAUUCUAACCUGCUCAACAUUAUCACCAUACAAAUCACUUAAUUAACCUUUAACUCUACGGCCUGAUACCCGCGGAUAUUAUUUUCAUUUUCAAACUGGAAUAACUUUUAAUUGAAAUAUGAUAACUAUUUUUUUCACGUAUCUUUAGGUAAUUUAAUUCUUUUAAAGGGCGCAUGUUAACAUAUUUUUCAAAACUUCCCAAAUAUAUAUUUUUUUUCAUUUUCUUUUAAUUCCCCUUGUCUCUUAGGCCGGGCGUAGAGAGAGCCCGGAUAUCCGAUACAUUUUGUAUGAGAAGUGAUACAUUUUAAUUUUAAAACUUUCAUAACUUAUGGUGUAAUUAAUAUUAAAAUUGAUUGAAUGAUAAAAUCGUCAGUCUUAUGUACUUUGUUGAAGAAGAAUAGAAUAGAAUAGAAAAUGAAUAGAAAAGCAAAAGUUUUGCGUUAAAAAAAAUUAAUAAUAUUAAACGAGUCUAUAAAAAUCCCAUUUUUCCUCUAAAGUAAAUAAGACUAAUGUCCGCAUCUUGUUACCAAAUUUGAAAUGUGAAUUUUCUACGCAACAAAAGUUAUUGAAGAUUUAAUACGAAAAACAAUAACUUUCCAUACAAAAAAUGUAUGGAAACGUAGAGGCGAAGGAGUAAAUUUGGUCAUAGAGAUAACGGUUAAACAUUAAUGUGGUCUUUUUGAAUCGUGGAUUCUGCGUAAAAUGUGGCCCGAGGACCUCCAAUAAUGGUUGGUCUGCCCUGCCCAUACCAUACUGUACACUAGCAUAGUCGCAGAAUGGAGUGCAAAAGUAUGGUGCCGUGGAGAUUAACUUCCUUUUCAGCAAUAAUAACCGUAGUGUGGAUCGUUUUCUUCUCGUUUCAAACCGUUUCUUAUCAGCAAACAUAAGAAAAGCAAAUGCUAAAGAAGAAGAGAUGCAAAUUUUCGUUCACCAUGUAAGGUGCAUCGCAUUGCCCGAGCGAUAGACACACUUGCAUUCUCGCUGUCGGGCCGAUUACAGUCAGGAACUACAUUUGACAAAUCAGCUGUUUUCGCUCCGGCUCGUUGUUGUUCGGGGGCUUUGGUGCAUUUAUUUCCUCUGGCCACAGUACGAUGGGAUGGUGAGACGGCGCCGUGUUGUUGUGGUGCUGCAUUAUGUAAUGUGUAAAUAGGCGAACCGGUGUGCCAGUGACAGCAAACAGCGUCCAAGCGACCACAACAAAUCUCCUCUCCCCGUUCCGCGACAAGCGGAAGAUGAACCACUUUCGGAACAAUCUGGCCCGGUUCCGGCUGAUCACGUUCGACGUGACCGACACGCUGCUGGAGUACGCGGUUCGCCCGGAGCGGCACUACGCCCAUGUCAUCAACGGUGUGCUGGAGCCGCGGCUCGGGCUUACGCUGCGCGAGGACCAGAUUGGCCCCGCGUUCGGGCGCUGCUUCCGGGCGAUGAAGCAACAGUACCCGAACUUCGGGGCCGAGCGUCGCCUCCCGACCGGCAGCGAGGAAGGCUGGCGCUGGUGGUGGCGCACGCUGGUCGAGCGCGUGGUAGUGGACGCCGCGGCCACCGGCACCGACCGCCAUCGGGCCAUCCCGGCGCCGCUCCUGCGCGCCAUCGCGGAGCAGCUGAUCGACGACUACACGUACGACGGGCGGCGGGUCUGCUGGCGGCAGCGGCCCGGCGUGGACGAGCUGCUGGCCAAGCUGCGCCAGCCGGCCGCACCCACCCGCACGCUCGGCAUCGUGUCCAACUUCGAUCCCCGGCUGGAGAUCAUACUGCGCAACAAUGGCAUCACACCGGGGCAGCCCGGGGUCGUCGACUUUGUGGUGACCAGCUACGAGGCGCGGGUGGAAAAACCGAGCGCGGCCAUAUUCGAAGCGGCGCUGCGGCGCGCGAACCAAGUGCGCCCGGCGCCGGCUGGGCAGGAGAUCCGGCCGGACGAGGCGCUGCACAUUGGCAACCUGUGCCGGGAGGACUAUGGGGGGGCGCGCAGUGCCGGCUGGUGUGCGCUGCUCGUUAACGUGCCACCGAACGCGAAGAACCGGCAGCUGCUGGCGACCAUCCCGAGCGGGCACGUUUUCACCGGGCUGCCGGAGCUGCAGCGGCGGCUGGAGCAGGCGGAGCCGUUGGAAUGGUGACGAGAGUACCGAGGAGGGAGUUGUUUUCUUCUUGUUUUUGUAAGGAUGUACAAAUUUGGAUACACAUUGUAAGAGUGACAUGAGGCUCAAAUAGGUAGAUUUUUGCUAGAAUUAUAUUGUUGUAGCAAGUAAAAGCGGCUUGAAGGACGCAACGAUGAAAACGAUAUUUUUUGUGAGGAAUGAAGUGUAAAAAGUAAAAGCCACA